CUGGUGGAGUUGGUGUGCGGCUGCUCCUGGGCUCUUCUUCUUCUUCUUCUUCUUGUGGUGCAGGCGCAGGUGCAGGUGCACACCUGCAGGAACGCAGCUCGCCAUCAGCGGGACUUUUUGCAUGAUCGGACAUUUGGACAUCUUUGGACAUUUGGACGUCUUUGGACAUUUGGACGUCUUUUCCGCUGGGCUGUUCUGCUGCGUCGCGUCACGUCCAGCGUCCACGCGGUCUGGAGCUGCGCGGGAACGUCGCGUGGUUUAAAGUGCGUGAAGGAACUUUCUGGAGGAAUCAGUGACUCACCGCAGCCGCGCCGCCCGUCGCCAUGGAAACCCCGAGCCAGAAGCGCAUGAGCCGCGGCGCCGCCUCCCCGGCCCGCAUCACCCGGCUGCAGGAGAAGGAGGACCUGUGCAACCUCAACGACCGGCUGGCCGUCUACAUCGACAAGGUGCGCUCGCUGGAGGUGGAGAACGCCGGCCUGCGCCUGCGCAUCUCCGAGUCCGAGUCCUGCGUCAGCCGCGACCUCAGCGGCAUCAAGGCGGCCUACGAGACCGAGCUGGCCGACGCCCGCAAGACCCUGGACCAGGUGGCCCGGGAGCGUGCCCGCCUGCAGCUGGAGCUGGGCAAGAUCAAGGAGGAGUACAAGGAGCUCAAAGCCAGGAACAGCAGGAAGGAGUCUGACCUGGAAGCAGCGCUGGUCCGCCUUCGAGACCUGGAGGCGCUGCUCAACUCCAAAGAUGCGGCCCUCAGCACGGCCCUGGGGGAGAAGCGGGCCCUGGAGGCCGAGGUCAAGGAGCUGAAGGCCCAGCUGGCCAAGUUGGACUUGUCCCUGGCGGACGCCAAGAGGCAGCUUCAUGACGAGAUGCUGAGGCGGGUGGAUGCUGAGAACCGGCUGCAGACGCUGAAGGAGGAGCUGGAGUUCCAGAAGAGCAUCUACAACGAGGAACUGCGCGAGUCCAAGCGGCGCUACGAGUCGCGCGUGGUGGACGUGGACGGCGGGCGGCAGUUUGAGUUUGAGAGCAAGCUGGCGGAGGCGCUGGGCGAGCUGAGGGCGCAGCACGAGGAGCAGGUGGGCUUCUACAAGACCGAGCUGGAGAAGACCUUCAACUCCAAGCUGGAGAACGCCCGCCAGUCGGCCGACAGAAACAGCAACUUGGUGGGCGCCGCCCAUGAAGAGCUGCAGCAGACACGCAUGCGCAUGGAGAGCAUGUCAGGCCAGCUGGGACAGCUGCAGAAGCAGCUGUCCCUGAGCGAGGCCAAGGUGCGCGAGCUGGAGGAGGCGCUGAGCCGGGAGCGCGACACGAUGCGCAGACGCCUGGAGGAGAAGGAGCGCGACAUGGCGGACAUGCGGGCUCGCCUGCAGAGGCAGCUGGACGAGUACCAGGAGCUGCUGGACAUCAAGCUGACGCUGGACAUGGAGAUCAGCGCCUACAGGAAGCUGCUGGAGGGCGAGGAGGAGAGGUUGCGCCUGUCGCCCAGCCCGACCCAAGCCAGGGUGACGGUGACCCGCACCUCCGGCUCCUCCCACAGCCGCCUGGCCCACGCCGCGGCCUCCAGCAGCCGCACCUCCUCGGGCACGGGCGUGGCCAAGAAGCGGCGCCUCAACGACAACGACAGCGACGCCUCCAGCAUGGUGGGCGGCAGCAUCACCAAGACGCGCAUCAGCCAGCACGCCUCGGCCAGCGGCCGCGUCACCGUGGACGAGGUGGACCUGGACGGGAAGUUUGUCCGACUCUGCAACAAAAGCGACGAGGACCAAUCACUGGCCGGCUGGCAGCUGAGGAGGACGGUGGGAGGAGCCAACCCCAUCGUCUACAAGUUCCCACACAAGUUCAACCUGAAGGCGGGAGCCACCGUCACCAUCUGGGCGGCGUCCGGCGGCGGAAGCCACGCCCCCCCGUCUGACCUGCUGUGGAAGAACCAGGACUCCUGGGGCAGCGGCGACCUCCUGCAGACGGUCCUGCUCAGCGCCAGCGGAGAGGAAAUGGCCGCCAGGAAAGUGACCCGCAGCCUCUUCCAGGAGGACGAUGACGACAUGGGCGCUCACAGCACCAGCGGCGACAACGAGUACAACUUGCGCAGCCGCACCGUCAUCUGCGACUCCUGCGGACAGCCGUCUGACCGCGAUGGUUGUGGCGGCGGUGGCGGUGGUGCCGACAACCUGGUGGGACAUUCCUUUUUCAUGGGGACUAACCAGCCCAGACAGAGUGGCGUCAGGCCUGAGAACUGCGUGAUGAUGUAACACAGGCGUGAUGAUGUCACACAGACGUGAUGAUGUCACACUGGCGUGAUGAUGUCACACUGGCGUGAUGAUGUCACACUGGCGUGAUGAUGUCACACAGGCGUGAUGAUGUCACACAGACGUGAUGAUGUCACACAGACGUGGCCUCCGUCCUGCAGCAUCACUUCCACUGCUGGGAUCUUUCUGCUUUUCUGUCCACAUACUUAAAGGACCUUGUUUUGCGUGUAAUCCCCCUAUCUUAUUGCAUCUGCUCAUGCUGCCACGCACGCACACACACACGCACACACACACGCACACACACACACACAGCUUUUUGUCGAGUUGAGGUAUACGUCAAACGCUGUCAAACGUCAACACGCACAGCCUCGUAGGAGAAGGUGCGCACGCACGCACGCACGCCGACACCAACACACCAACACACCAACACACCAACACCAACAUGUGAAAGUGAAAGCAAGCACGCUCCGUGGUGACAUUGACUUCAAGUGGAAUGCAUGGAGAGGACUUUCCCUCCAGCAGAGAAGUUGGACAAGCAGUGUUGUCUUCUCAGGUCUUCUGCUAAAUGUUUGCAAUGUAAAUUGUCUUUCUUCAGUUCACAUUCAAAUGUGCUUUUGAAGGUCAUUUGUGUUUGUUCAGCAGAAUCUUGGCCACUAAUAACACCAAAGAGGUGUCGUCACGGUAACCAGGGUGUGUCUUACUACAUGUAGUUCAGUGCUAAUGCUGUUUGUCGUCACGGUAACCAGGGCGUGUCUCACUACAUGUAGUUCAGUGCUAAUGCUGUUUGUCGUCACGGUAACCAGGGCGUGUCUCACUACAUGUAGUUCAGUGCUAAUGCUGUUUGUCGUCACGGUAACCAGGGCGUGUCUCACUACAUGUAGUUCAGUGCUAAUGCUGUUUGUCGUCACGGUAACCAGGGCGUGUCUCACUACAUGUAGUUCAGUGCUAAUGCUGUUUGUCGUCACGGUAACCAGGGCGUGUCUUACUACAUGUAGUUGAGUGCUGAUUGACAACAUUUUUGAUGAAGUAUGCCAACUGCCAACGUGCCUUCAGACAUCUUCUCUGCCUCGCUUUGCUUUUUUUCCUGGGUGGGAUUUGACUUUCAGCCUUUAUGAAACAUUAUUUUUGUGUCCCCUAGUCAAGUAUAGCAAAGCACUUAAGUUUCUUUUUUAUUUAAUGGAUAUGUUUUUUUCUUUUUUUGUUCACCAAAAGUGCCUUCCAGUCAUCUCCAAAGAUGUAGAAUUGCCAAAGAGUUGAAAAUUGAUGUAAACAUUGAAGGGUUUUUUUCUAUCUGACUGAAACAUUUUCCCACCCUGUCAGCGUCAGAAGAGUUGAUGACGUGUGUCGUUGUCUUUCAACGAGCCUUGAAGUGAUGAAUGUUUACACUUAAAUAACAUUUCUCUCCCGCAGCGA